ACAGUGAAGGAAAAAUCAAUGGAACCUUUGCUGGAACAAACGGACAAAUUUGACACUGCUCAGCCUGUAGAUGUUAGUGAUCAAGUAAAAGAAAAUGAAGAAGUUGGCACACUUGUUGGCAUCUCCAAUCUCGAUAGUUUGGGUUUACAGUCAAGUUCAACAGUAGAUCAACAGACGACCGACCAAUCAAAUAUCAGGGAGAUGCCAGAUGAAGAACUUCCUAAUGUCUGUUCUGUAACAGAAGAAGAAAAAAAGGAAACAGACGAAGACACAGAAUGGUUUAGGCAGGAUGAAAAGUUACAGGACAAAUACCUGAUGAGUCAAGAUAUAGAGUCUUCUAUCACGCCAGAGAUAACCACAGAAGAACCCAGCAGCAGCAGCAGAGUGCAUACACAACCUGAAUGCAGUGUUGAACAAGAAAUAUUUCCAUCACCAAAAGAGGAGUUGCACACUAAUGAGGGAGAAAAUGACAUCUUCAAUUUACCUAAAGUCAAAGGUGAUCAUCAUUCAGAGGAUGCUGUAAACAAACUGCAUGAACAGGAUGUUAAGCCAACAGAAAAUCAAGAAAUGCCUCAAGUUGAUUACUUAUCUGAAAGUGUGAUACAUGAUGCCACAGACAUUUCUGAAAUCAUUUCUGGAAACCUGAUGAACCAAACGGAAGUCAGUGACACAUAUCAAUCUGAGUUAACAAUGGAAAAUACUGAUGAUUCUCCCACCAAUCAGGACAAUUCAAAGCCUGAUGACAAACAGGAUGAAGACCCCAUAGAAGAAAUAAACUUUGAGGCCUCAGAGCAGAAAAAUGAGGAUGAUCCUGAUUAUGAAAGAAAGGAACCACAAAUCAGCGACAUAGCAAGAGCUGACACUGCACUGGGUCAGGUAUUUGAAAUAGAAGGCAGAGUAGAGGGUGAUACCAACCCCAAUGCUGAACAAGCAGGUCAUCAGGAGAAGGAAGAAGUCCUUUCUGACAUGGAGGAGAGGGCAUCUUCUUUACAAACCAUGCAUUCAGAAAUAAAUGUUCCUUAUGAUUCCCAACCUCAGCAAAGUCACAUCAGCUUCAACCCUAUUGGGAGCAGAAGAAAACUGGGGUCUAGCCGCAGAAAUAAAGGAACACGGCAUGUCAAAGACUCUGUUGCUGAAUCAGACCAUGAACCUACAGAGGAUGUUGUUGGAAAUACCAGUGAUAAUGAAACCCUUGAAACAACAGAAAUGACAUUAACAAUAGAGACAACAGUGAAGGAAAAAUCAAUGGAACCUUUGCUGGAACAAACGGACAAAUUUGACACUGCUCAGACUGAAGAUGUUAGUGAUCAAGUAAAAGAAAAUGAAGAAGUUGGCACACUUGUUGGCAUCUCCAAUCUCGAUAGUUUGGGUUUACAGUCAAGUUCAACAGUAGAUCAACAGACGAACGACCAAUCAAACAUCAGGGAGAUGCCAGAUGAAGAACUUCCUAAUGUCUGUUCUGUAACAGAAGAAGAAAACAAGGAAACAGACGAAGACACAGAAUGGUUUAGGCAGGAUGAAAAGUUACAGGACAAAUACCUGAUGAGUCAAGAUAUAGAGUCUUCUAUCACGCCAGAGAUAACCACAGAAGAACCCAGCAGCAGCAGCAGAGUGCAUACACAACCUGAAUGCAGUGUUGAACAAGAAAUAUUUUCAUCACCAAAAGAGGAGUUGCACACUAAUGAGGGAGAAAAUGACAUCUUCAAUUUACCUAAAGUCAAAGGUGAUCAUCAUUCAGAGGAUGCUGUAAACAAACUGCAUGAACAGGAUGUUAAGCCAACAGAAAAUCAAGAAAUGCCUCAAGUUGAUUACUUAUCUGAAAGUGUGAUACAUGAUGCCACAGACAUUUCUGAAAUCAUUUCUGGAAACCUGAUGAACCAAAUGGAAGUCAGUGACACAUAUCAAUCUGAGUUAACAAUGGAAAAUACUGAUGAUUCUCCCACCAAUCAGGACAAUUCAAAGCCUGAUGACAAACAGGAUGAAGACCCCAUAGAAGAAAUAAACUUUGAGGCCUCAGAGCAGAAAAAUGAGGAUGAUCCUGAUUAUGAAAGAAAGGAACCACAAAUCAGCGACAUAGCAAGAGCUGACACUGCACUGGGUCAGGUAUUUGAAAUAGAAGGCAGAGUAGAGGGUGAUACCAACCCCAAUGCUGAACAAGCAGGUCAUCAGGAGAAGGAAGAAGUCCUUUCUGACAUGGAGGAGAGGGCAUCUUCUUUACAAACCAUGCAUUCAGAAAUAAAUGUUCCUUAUGAUUCCCAACCUCAGCAAAGUGACAUCAGCUUCAACCCUAUUGGGAGCAGAAGAAAACUGGGGUCUAGCCGCAGAAAUAAAGGAAGAAAGCAUGUCAAAGACUCUGUUGCUGAAUCAGACCAUGAACCUACAGAGGAUGUUGUUGGAAAUACCAGUGAUAAUGAAACCCUUGAAACAACAGAAAUGACAUUAACAAUAGAGACAACAGUGAAGGAAAAAUCAAUGGAACCUUUGCUGGAACAAACGGACAAAUUUGACACUGCUCAGACUGAAGAUGUUAGUGAUCAAGUAAAAGAAAAUGAAGAAGUUGGCACACUUGUUGGCAUCUCCAAUCUCGAUAGUUUGGGUUUACAGUCAAGUUCAACAGUAGAUCAACAGACGACCGACCAAUCAAAUAUCAGGGAGAUGCCAGAUGAAGAACUUCCUAAUGUCUGUUCUGUAACAGAAGAAGAAAAAAAGGAAACAGACGAAGACACAGAAUGGUUUAGGCAGGAUGAAAAGUUACAGGACAAAUACCUGAUGAGUCAAGAUAUAGAGUCUUCUAUCACGCCAGAGAUAACCACAGAAGAACCCAGCAGCAGCAGCAGAGUGCAUACACAACCUGAAUGCAGUGUUGAACAAGAAAUAUUUUCAUCACCAAAAGAGGAGUUGCACACUAAUGAGGGAGAAAAUGACAUCUUCAAUUUACCUAAAGUCAAAGGUGAUCAUCAUUCAGAGGAUGCUGUAAACAAACUGCAUGAACAGGAUGUUAAGCCAACAGAAAAUCAAGAAAUGCCUCAAGUUGAUUACUUAUCUGAAAGUGUGAUACAUGAUGCCACAGACAUUUCUGAAAUCAUUUCUGGAAACCUGAUGAACCAAACUGACGUCAGUGACACAUACCAAUCUGAGGUGACAGUGAAAUAUACUGAUGAUUCUUCCACCAAUCAGGACAAUUCACAGCCUGAUGACAAACAGCAUGAACAUCCUACAAAAGAAAACAACUUUGAGGCCUCAGAGCAGAAAAAUGAAGAUGAUCCUGAUUAUGAAAGAAAGGAACCACAAAUCAGCGACAUAGCAAGAGCUGACACUGCACUGGGUCAGGUAUUUGAAAUAGAAGGCAGAGUAGAGGGUGAUACCAAACCCAAUGCUGAACAAGCAGGUCAUCAGGAGAAGGAAGAAGUCCUUUCUGACAUGGAGGAGAGGGCAUCUUCUUUACAAACCAUGCAUUCAGAAAUAAAUGUUCUUUUUGAUUCCCAACCUCAGCAAAGUGACAUCAGCUUCAACCCUAUUGGGAGCAGAAGAAAACUGGGGUCUAGCCGCAGGAAUAAAGGAAGAAGGCAUGCCAAAGACUCUGUUGCUGAACCAGACCAUGGACAUGAUGAAGAAGAUUUAGAAAGUACAAGGUGUAAUGAAGCCUUGGAACCAGUACAAAUGUUAUUGCCAAUAGAGAAAACAAGUCAUGAAGAAUUAAGUCAAGGGAGUCAGUAUGAUUUCAUGCCUGCGACACAUGACAGCUCUUUGUAUUCAGCCAUUAUGCCUGCUUAUUCUUCUGAGGGUCGGAGCCCCACUCUGAAAAACUAUCCAGAGGCUGUCCUGGAAAGUUUAAUUCCUCAAAGUGAAAACCCUCAAGAAGAUCAUGAUGAAAUAGAGAAGGACAUUGAAGUGGAGAUGUCUGAUAAAUCAGUGGAAGCCACACUGGAAGGAGCAGACAUAACUGAACCUCUUCAGAGUCAAGAAGUCAGAGGUGAUCAUCAUACAAACGAUAUAAAACCCAGUGCUGAGCAGGCUGGUUAUCAGGAGAAAGAAGGACUCUUCUCUGAAAUGGAAGAGAGUGCAUCUUCUUCUCAAACCCUGCAAUCAGUAAUAAAUGUUCCUUUCGACUCUGAAGCUCAGCAAAAUAACAAUGGCUUCAACCCUAUUCGGAGCAGAAGAAAACUGGGGUCUAGCCGUAGAAAUAAAGGAAGACAGCAUGUCAAAGACUCUGUUGCUGAAUCAGACCAUGAACCUACAGAGGAUGUUGUUGGAAAUACCAGUGAUAAUGAAACCCUUAAGACAACAGAAAUGACAUCAACAAUAGAGACAACAGUGCAGGAAGAUUCAAUGGAAACCUUGCUGGAACGAACGGAUAAAAUUGACACUGCUCAGACUGAAGAUGUUAGUGAUCAAGAAAAAGUAAACGCCCAGGUUGGCACACUUGUUGGCAUUGACUUAAUGUAUUCUAGUUCAACAGUAGAUCAACAGACAAUAAACCAAUCAAAUUUCAGAGACGUGUCAGAUAAAGAACUUCCCAAUGUGUGUUCUGUAACAGAAAAAGAAAACGAGGAAAGGGACGAGGAUAAAGAGUUGUUCAGGCAGGAUGGAAAUAUGCAGAGCAACUAUUCGUUGAUUGAGUCACACAUAAAGUCUUCUUUCACACUGGAGAUAAGCAAAGAGAAAAGCAGUCCUGAGCAACAUAACACAAUUGAAUGCAGUAUUGAGCAAGCAGGAUUUUCAUCAUCAGAAGUGAAGUUGUCUACAAAUGAGGAAGAAAAAGAGCAUGUAAACUUAUCUCAAGUCAGAGGGACUUGGCAUUCACAGGAUGCUGUUAAUGAAGUGCAUGAAGAGGAGAUCAAGUCAACACAAAUGCAAGAAAUGCAUCAAAUGGAUAACUUAUCAAUUAAGGACAGUGAAUCAAAUUUACCACAACUGCAAUCAGAAAUCAAUGCUACUUUGGACUCCCAACCUCUGGACAGUUCUCAAAAUAUCAAAGAGCAUACUCACAAAGGCUUCAGCUCAACAGGGAACAGAAGGAAAUUGGGGUCAAGCAGAAGAAAUGGACGACUGCAUGUCAAGGACGCAACAAAGAUGUCAUUAGGAAUGGAGACAAUGAGGCAGGAAGACAUAAAAGAGCGAACCGACCUAGACUCCAAAUUUGCUGGGGAAAUGAGAAAAAGUGGAUCGACUGUAAAUGACGAAGAAAACACAGAAAAGAUGUCGGAGGAUGACACAAUUUUAUCACAGAAUGUGAUUGGCAACAACACAAGUGUGGCAAUGGAUAUUACUUCAAGCUCAGGCCAAGAUGACUCAGUUGAAUUCAAUAAGAAAGUCACUGAUGAGGAACCGGACCUCACAAAAGAGACUGAGAAUUUAAGUCAGCUUACAGGAUGUGACAAAGUUAAAAUGGACUUGAUGAAAUAUCCAGAAGUCUCAGUUUGGAAAGAUGAUUCAGACAUACAGAGUAUCGCAUGUCUUGAUGACAAUGUCACUGCCAAGUCAAUCCCUUCAGAUGAAGCCUUUCAGGGCCAAAACCAAGAAGCUUCCUAUUUUGACAAAGAAAUUAUUAUGCAUCAGGAAAAUGAUGCAGCAGAAACUGUUGGAGAUGUCACAAUAAAAUACUGUAAACCAGAAGGGGAGAGUUCAGUGUAUGUAGAAGGAUAUGGACAGCAUGAAGAUGGAGAACAAUUUGAAGGUCCUGUGAAGAAAGAACACGAAGGCCAAGAAAUGAAUGUUUCAAAGGAGAUCACGCAUGAUCAAACUGAUACUUUGGUUACAUUUGACAUUGGCCUCAAGGAUGAAAACCUCCGAGCAGAGCCAGCUGUAGAUGUGUCUGAGGAAAGUGGAAUUUCCAUCCAACAAGGGAUACAAGAAAAACCUAAUUUAGACGACAGUGAAAAUUUGCAAGGAAGAUCCAAACAGAAGAGGAGAAAGAUGGGCUCUACUCGUCGGACUCAACUCAACAGGAAACCAGAGGAAACGAGAGUAGAAACAACAGAAAGUGACACAGAAGCUGACGUGAGAAAUCUUGACAAGAUGGAGGUAGUGAAGGAGUUAAAAAUGAUUGCAACUGCGGCUCUAUCACAGAAUGAAAAUGCAAAACCAUCACUGAGUCUUGAUUAUAAAGAACAACAGGAAACCAAUGAAACCAGCACUGUGGACGGUAAGGGGCAAAAGCUACAAAGCUCUGACCUGCAGAGCAACAUGAUGGCAGACAUAGAUUAUUCAAAGGCUCUCCCUCCUGAGAAAUCUGCCUCCAACAGUGAAGAAGAUCCUGUUAAGUUUGUUCAUGUAGCUGUUGUGAGUGACAGUAAGAGAAAUGUAGAUGUUAGUGUGGAGCCAUUACAGAGAGAUGAUUUGACAGUCACUGAGAUGCAAAAUCUUGAGAUGAAGAAUGCAAGUCCACAUUUAGAUUCAACCAGCAGGAGAAGAAAGAUGGGCUCCACCCGCAGGAAUCUCAGAACAGGAACCAAACGAGAUGACUUGCAUCUAAAGCAGGGCGUGAAUGAGGAAGCAACAGAGGCUGCAACUAAUGUUGGACAUGUAAAGACUGAAAGUUUAUCUAGCACUAUUAAAGAUGAGCUACAGCUUCACGUAGAACACAAAGACAGUGGCUCUGAACUAAGAGUACAUGAAACAAUGGAGCACAGCCACACUGGUGAGUCUCUGGCCCACCAGACAUCUGAAGAGAAUCCUGUUUCUCAAGGCCAACUGUUAGAAACAGAGCAUCAACUGACUCCCAGUUCUGUCCCAGCAAUACCAUCCACUUCUCCCAAACAUGAUUCAAUAUCAGAAUCAGCAUCUCGGGGAAGAAGAAGAAAAAUGGGAUCUCACCGGAAGUCACAUGGACACCAAAACUAUGAAAACCAAACUGCAAGAGGGGACAGAGAAACAGGUUCACCAAAUGAGAGAGAUGUCAGAAGUAUCAGAGAAGAAAGUGCCCUCGAGACUGAAGAACUGAGAGAAGAAGGUUUGGGCCUGGACAAAAUAUCAAAGGUUGAUAAAAGUCAGAAGAAGCCAUUAUCCAACCUCAGCACCGCAAAGGAAGGAGAGCCCUCGAGGCCUGUGAGUGAUAAGACAUCUGAACCAGUGACUACAGUUCAACACCAAUAUGCUGGAAUCCGAAACCAAGAGAGUGAACAGAUGUUUUCUCUGGCCGGUCGAGCAGAUCUGAGAUCAAACGCUUACAAUGUGAUGAUGGUUGGAGACAGCAGUGUGGGAAAAACCUCCUUCAUGAAAAGAGCUCAAAGUGGAAAGUUUUCUUUAGAUUUACCCGCCUCUGUUGGACUUGAUUCCUGUAUGUGGAACGUGGUAGUGGAAGGAAAACCUGUGGUGCUGCAGUUGUGGGAUACAGCAGGUCAAGAAAGGUUUCACAGCAUCACAAGACAGAUUUUCCACAAAGCCCAUGCAUUUCUCUUGAUGUAUGACAUCACCUGCUCUCAGAGUUUUUCUCAAGUCAGCUACUGGGCAAGCUGUAUUCAGGAAGGGGCAGCAGAAAAUGUGACCACUUUACUUGUUGGCAAUAAGAGUGAUCGUGCAGAGCGACAGGUUAAAACUCAGGAGGCGGAAAUUCUUGCUAAGGAAUACAACUUUGAAUUCAUGGAGUGUAGCGCUGCCACAGGAGAAAAUGUGGUUCAGUCUUUGGAAACCGUGGCCAGGAUGUUGAGUCAAAAAGCUGACACAAGGGAUGAUGCCAUAGUGUUACACAAAGAGCCCCAACCGAAAACAUCAUCAAGGUGUUGCUGAACAAGAUGAAAUCUCACUGCAGUGGAGAAAUCCUGCACACAGUGAAUAUACUGCACUGGCUGGACUGGCAUUCAGAGAGUUUGUAUGUACAUCACAACUGAAACUGGAACUCCAGCCAUCUUUUAAUCAACUGUAUAACACAUUUUAUUAAUGAAUGCAAGUGUAUGCAAGUUAAAUUUACUUUUCACAAUCACUUAUAGCUGUUUUGUUAUUUCUACCAAACCUUACGAGUACAUUAUUUAGAGCAGUGUUUUCAAAUGGGGUACUGGGGCACUACGGGUACUUUGGAGUACUGCAGGGGAAAGUGAGAUUUUUUUUUUAAACGCUAGUUCCAAAUGUAUAUAUUUAUAUUUAUAUUUAUAUAAUCCCUCAAAUAAUUAUAAUAUAAUCAUUUCAAUAAUAAUGGUAAGUUUCAUUAAACCAAAUCUUAUACUCAAUGUUCAAAUUUAAACUGCCGUAAACUCAACUGCCACAAAAGCCAUUUUCUCCUUGUUUUUUAAUGUUUAAUGUUUUGCGCUCGUCAGGGGGUACUUGGAUGAAAAAGUAUUUCAAAGGGGGUACAUUAUUAAACAUUGGGAAACACUGAUUAAUAGGACAAUUUAAGAGUACGAUAUUACAUUAGUGCCAUAAGAUAUACACAAAAUGGAGCAUUUACAGGUGAGCUCGAUAAGUUUUUGAUAUGUACUUACUGUAUACCUUAAUGUGAAUACUAUACUGUAUAGCUGAUGCAGGCUCUCUUUAUAGGCAGGUCAGUGAUUGGUGUAAAUGAUCAAGCAAAUAAAUGUAGGUGUCACAUAAUGAAUAAUGGUUUUUUUUUUUUAUCAUUUUGCACUGUUUUAUCUUGUUAGACUGAUUUCCCUUCCCACUGGUGCAAUUUGAAAUGAUGGCUUUAAGUCAAUAUUUUCAGUCAUCUUGUUUAGACUGAGGUAGUUAAGCUCUUAAUGUUACUUUCAUGAAACAAAUAUAUAAUAUAAAUGUGUAUGUAUUUAUCUUAACAUUUUGCUGUUGCUGAAUCUUAAUAAGGAAAUAACUAAAUGAAAGUUACAAAACGUUGUACCACAUUGAUAUUAUCAAGGUUCUACCGAAAUUAGUACUUCUUAUAAUAAAUAUGAGUUUUUGUGGAAUACAUCAGUGUUUCCAAGUAACUUGUGCAAAAAGCCUGCAAACAAAAGCAUAUUUCCAUUGUUGAGCUGUUUAGUGCACAGUGUUAUUCGAUAAUUACAUUAAGUUUCAUCUGUUCUAAAUGAAUGUCAUCGGCAGCAUUGCAGUUGUCACACAGCUGCCAGAUGAUCAUAAAUAAAUUUCACACCUCUACAAUUAAAGACAGUGGUAGCAAAAUAAAUGUCAGGCUUUAAAUAUACAUGUAAAUUUGUUUUAAUUAUGUCUAUGUGUAUUUCCCUGUGUGACUUAAUGCCUUAUAUCGUUCUAAUGUCAUGCCUCAUGCUUAAUAAACCUCCAGAAU